UGUAGCCUUCCACCCACACCAUCCAAAUGUGAUAUUUUGGUCAUUGUAUCUCGUUGAUAAGGUGUUUAAUUCUGGCUUGCUUGGGCUUUGCGAACUGAGUGAAUUGCGUUCGCGGGAGAAACGUUCGUCACAACCUCGACGACUUUCUCACACACACACGUCAAUGAUCACAUAUUUUCAUUUUGUACACCCAAAGAAUUCAAAGCCUCACGCGAAACCGACAGAUCAAGAGAACAAAAUAUCUCGUGAAACUGACGGCAAGGUUACACGCGUAUUUACGAUGAUGAAGAUAAAAAAAAGUUGUCAUUUUCGCAUUCAUUGUGCUCAUCUUUAUACCACAACCGAGGAGGCUGAUUUACCUACGUACUGUACGUACGCACCCGCACCCGCACCGUCUGUCGAUCAUAAUACUUGA